UCAGCACCAAUCAGCCACACACAGCGACAGGAGACACGGACGGAGCAGAGAGACCAGGCAGACACGCAAUACAGCCCCCCGGAUCAAGAGAAAGAAAACCUUUUGCGAUCCCCCCCCCCAUCCCCUCUCCUUUUUCUACGACACCCUUUGGCUUAUUUACGCACUUUGCGAACAUUUUUCUUCUUCUUUUUUUUUUUUUAACGUGACAAGAAAGUCGAUAAAAAUGCUCCUUUUGUUUUGAGCGCUCUGAACACACACACACACACACACACACACACACACACACACACACACGCACGCGCGAACGCGCGCGCGCGCCGCGCUCUCCUCCGGCGGCCCCGCGCGUCUUCUCGCAUCUUUUCGCGUUAUUAUCCCCCCGCGUAUCGCUUCGCCGUCAUGUGCCGUUACGCGGUCGCAGGCUGGUAGCAUCUUGGGAGCUCAGUCGCAACAGGAACCUGCACGGGGAAAGAUAAAAACCAGCAUGGUGGCGCACUGUUGGUAACCAGCUCCAGUUCGUACGCCCCCUCUCUUCUCCUUGAACAUUGACAACCCCUCUUCAGCCAUGGCCAACAUAAACAAUGCGCUUUGCAUCGAAACCGGACAGAACGCAGACGUGUCUCUCUUACAAAAGGAUAUUCUUCAGGAUGGUGGAUUAAGCCAGCUCUUGGAUUACAACGCAGAAAUGGAAAGGUACCGGUCUUUUGCAAACUUUUAUAAAAACAACGGGGCAUUUCCGCAGACUGCCAAGAUUGCCCGCAUCACAACGCCCAUUUUCCCCAGUGCUAGAAUUGGCAUGUCCCCUUGGAACUGCGAUAACGCCAUGCUCUGGGGAAGGAAAUCAGCGGCAAUAAACCCUAAUAGGACCAGCAUGCAUAGAAAUGACUCCCAGAGGCCGGGGAAGCCUGGCGUGCCGCCAGAGACGCUGCAAAUGGCAAAUAAUAAUUUCCUCUCUACCUUAUCCCCCGAACACUGCAGACCUUUAGCAGGAGAAUGCAUGAACAAGCUGAAAUGCGGCGCUGCUGAAGCAGAGAUAAUGAAUCUCCCAGAACGCGUUGGAACUUUUUCCGCUAUCCCGGCUUUAGGGGGCAUCUCAUUACCUCCCGGGGUCAUCGUCAUGACAGCCCUUCACUCCCCCGCAGCCUCAGCAGCCGUUACAGACAGUGCGUUUCAAAUUGCCAAUCUGGCAGACUGCCCACAGAAUAAUUCCUCGGUAUCCAGUGGAAACCCAGCGAAGAAGAAACGGAAAAGGUGUGGGGUCUGUGCGCCCUGCAGGCGGCUAAUCAACUGUGGUGUCUGCAGCAGUUGUCGGAACCGCAAAACGGGCCACCAGAUCUGCAAAUUUAGGAAAUGCGAGGAGUUGAAGAAGAAGCCGGGCUCGUCGCUGGAGAGGACGCCCGUCAGCAGCGGGGAAGCUUUUCGGUGGUUCUUUUAGAGUGGCGAGCCUCCGCAUCCAGCCGCAGGAGGGAAGGUGGGACUCUUGACUCUCUGCACGGGAGCGCUCGAUUGGUCGACAGGGCCCCAACGCGCCCCAACGCAUUUUGGGAGGACGAGGAGAAGAAAAGUGGACGGACAAAAAGAUAAACGAAAACAUAAUGGUGUGGUUUUAACUCUGUAAUUUCCUUUUCUGUGUAAUUAUUGUACCUUUUGACAGUAUCAUAAUGUAUAUUUUUGGUGUCUAUAAAUGUGUUUUCAGUGUUGUGGCUGUAGGUUUACAGCCAAUCCUAUGUAAAGGACUCAAACAGACAAUCAUACAAUCAUUCUGAUUCCGUCAAACCCAAGAGGCCACAUGGAUUGAUGACAUAACAAACACAAAACACUCUGGAGCAAUAAUCUAUUCUGUUGAUUAUUCCUCAACCUUUAACUUCUUUCGACUUGAAUUAUUUUGUCAAACCGAGUCAUCUUCUAGUUGUGCGUUUUAUUUCAUCGGGAAACCAUGUCUUGAAUGCCACGCAAUUGUUAAGGCCGUCCCUGGCGCCGCGGCCGCGUGUGUCUCGUCAAGGGUGGUGACGCAACGGACGGCAGCGGCGUUUCAGUGACGGACUAGUUGACAUGUUUCCUCAGUCGAGUGGACUCGCUGCAGAACAGGGCACAUUGUCCUGUGCGACGAGUUGCACGAACCAAUUGGCCGUCAUUUGAUUUUAUACAGCGUUUAUGAGUCAGACUGCUGCCUGGAGGUCAUAUUCUCAAAGAACAUUUUUUUUUUUUCUUUUAACAAAACCACACAGGCUAUCACACUUAAUUAUUUUUCUUCUUUCAUGAAAGGUUGUAACUGUUUAAAAGAUAGAGAGUAAUGCCAGUAAAAGAACUGUAUGUUAUGUUGAAAACAUUCAAAUUUAGAAUGAAUUCCAGUACACUAUACAUAUUUGACCUAUCAGAUGUUGUUCUGGAGCUAAGAAAUAGUCUGGACGUUUCACACAUUCCAAAAGCUAAAUGAUUCAAUAAGUUACUCAUUGUCUUAAACCCUAUUGUUGCAUGUGUAAAUGUGUUUUGGUUUCAAAGAUUACUAAAAAUUUGUAUAUUGUUGUCGUGAUGCUUUUAUGUGUUAAAAUAAAAAAACAAAAAAUGACUUCCGUAAAA